GGAAAUAUAAUCUAUCUGGGAUCAGAAAAGGUGGAAAUAGUACAAUCUUGAAAUAGUACAAUCUUAAAAUAGUACAUUGAAGGGCUUUUUGUCAAGCGGAAGUUAGGGCUGUUCAGCUGCUGCAACUACAUUUUUUUACCUUAUCAUGUCUGGACUUUCUGAGUAUGUCCUCAGCUCUGAUUUUCCUACAUGUUGUUUUGGUUUGCUUGCCACGUUGGGGUUUUUAUCUUUCAAUUACUCUUACCCACUCUAAGUUCUUGCUCUGUCCUCACUCAGAUUUUUACCUUCAGAUGUUUCAUGUAAACAUCUGAAAGUUUGGUAACUUUGUAGCCAGGAAUAGCCAUUACAUUGACCAUACCCCUCCACAAAUGCACUACAUUCGCUCCCUGAUAGGUGUUUGGUCCUAGUACAUUCCUGUAUUAUCAUCUCUUUCCUUUCGCUGACCUAAAUAUCCUUUCCUCACUGGCCAUGCCAGGUCUGAGCAAUGGAUCACUGGGACUAGGUGCCGCAAGUUGCAGAGCUCGUUGGUCAGCCUGAGUAUAGCCGCAGGUGGAAACUGCUCUGUUGGUGCAAAAUAUGAACAGAUAGAGCAGUAAGUCCUCAGAGUGUUCCGGGAUCACUGGAACAGUUGUUAUAAACAACUCUAGGACCUCAUAGUCCAAUAGCUACAGCAAGAAACUGGGAGGGAUAAGACUGCUGAACUCCAUCCGUCAGAGAAAAACUGCCGUGCCUCCUGAUGCUGAGCUUGUGUUCCUUCUGGUGCCUGUGAUCCUUCUCUCUGGGGAGGGCUGAAUCCCUGCACUCCAUAAGGCCUUGUACCAGUGGGUGCAUUAAGAGGUGACUAAGUAUCAUGCACCAGAGAAGAACCUAGGGGUGGAGAGGAAUGUGUGUUAAAGUUGCAGAUCUUUGUCCCAAGAGGUGAUGCAAAAAAAUUUAAAUUUUGCCUGGCUUGUCCUUAAUGAGCCCACCUCAGCUUUAUUAGCUCUGGUUCAGGUCACUUAGGAGGGAUCUUUCAGAGCACUCUUGUUAUCCUUCCAAAGCCCAGUAAAAUGUUUUAUUACCUGUCAUGGCAGAGCAAGGGGCUGUGAGGAAGAGUGUAAGGCUGUAGGAGGGUCUGGCAUCACAGACUUUGACUUCUAGACAUUUAAAUCUGGUACCAUUCAACUCCUUGACAUACUAAACUUGAAAGAACAUCAAAGUAAUACAGAUUUUAGAGAAUGUUAGAACACUCUCCUUCAGCAUGAGGGUUUCAGUGAGUUUUAAUCUUUUUAUUAGAGACUGCCUCCAUUGAAUAGAUGAGGCUCAGACCAAAGGAAGCUCAGAGAAAGCUGAAAAAAUUGGAGUCCUGCUCCAGGCACUGAAGAUUGGGCAUUUUUAUUGGUAGGAGUGAGGCAUGUAAGAGGCAAGCAAGAAACUUUUAAUGAUUGGGAAUAACGUUAAGGGAGAUGCUGUUUUCAUUUAAUACCUUCCAAAGUGAAAUGUCCUGCAUAAUGUAUUCCACUAUGUCUCAAGAUAGUUCUAUAUGUUCAGUAUAUUGGACUGUGCUGUGCAAAAGCUUAUGAGACGGUUCUGAGUUUCCUCAUACGCUGUCAGGACCAAGGCAGGCCGAGCACUUGCCCUUUGGGUGUUUACCCUGUCUGGAAUCAAGAGGGUUACACCUGGAGUCCUGUGUAAGGCCUCAUGCCAUGGGUAUGGUUCCUCUUUGUAGCCCAGAUCUCAAUGCCUCAUUUGAGCCACUCUGCAGCCUGGCUCAGUGGAAGUUCUCUGGUUUGUUUCUUGGGUCUUGUGUUGAUCAGAAGUGUGUGUGUGUGUGUGUGUGUGUGGUGUCCAUUACCCCAUAGAACAAUACUCCCCAACAGGAACAAUUCUGCAGUUUUGCACAGUCAUGCUACUGCUGCCUCCUCUGACCCUGGGGCUGGGAGGUGUAAAGAACUCUGGGAGAGCAGCAGAGCUCACUCAUAGCCUGGGUACAAGUGUGACGUGCUGGGCAAUGCUCGGGUGAGAAACGAGCAUUGAACGUCUCCAGGACUCUGCGCGGUCAGUGACGUUUGUACAGGCAGCAGGAAACACAUUGCAGAAUCAUUGUUACUGUGAUAAGUAGCUUGUUCUGCAUCCUCUUUUGGAGCUGGUUACUACAUGUUUCUAGAUGUUCACAGCUAAUUUCCUAUUCCUUUUGAAAGAAGAAAGAAAAAAAAGUGUGGGGGAGGUUUUGCUGCUUUAUGAAGAAGCAAAUGUGUGUUUCUCCCUGUGUGCCUGUGACUGAAUGCAGAAGGAGACAGUGCCAGGGCUACAUAUUGAAUGCAAAGCACCAGCUGCCUGAAAGGUGGGAUUAAGGAAGGUCAUUCUGUGGUGUGUCCACUCUAAUUACCAAAGAAAUGCAAUUUAUGAGAAGUUUUUUGAGGACGUUGUUUGGCUGGCGCUCACCUGAUAGAUUUGCAGGCAUCCUUCAGCCAGUGGCAGAAAUCUGAAUUAAGGGUGUUUUCAGCCAUUCCCUAAUGAGUUCCUCUUUCUUUGUGGCACUUUAAUGAACUCCAGGUUGUAGUUACCUCCCUCUUCUUUCUCUCCUGAUGCUUCUAAUUUCAGAGAAAUAUUUGAGAUUAAAAGUGGCUCUGGGUAUGAAAUGUGACCCUUCACCUCCAUGCAACUUUCUGCCAUGCCAUUAAUAACCAGAGCACCUCUAAACCCGCAACUUGGAAGUGUUCAGCUCAAAUUACAUUGGUAUCUUUUUAACAGGAGCAACAUUUCUUUAAGGGAUGUGUCACUUCCAAAUGCAAAAUAGGAAACAGCUGCCUGCUUUAGACAUCAAAUAGGAGCUACCCCCACCCAGAAAUGAGACCAGUGUUUUGGGAUAUGUAACCCAAAAUGCUUAUUUUAAAAUGGAAUGGCUGCUCUGCCUGAGCAGCAAGAUAAUCACUGCAGUUAACAGAGCCAUCUUAUUUUCUUCUUCUCCUUCAUACCUUCUAUAAAAGUAUUAAUUAGUGGAAGGACAGGAUAUCUUCAUUGUGUGUGAGAUGCUAAAAGAGCUUUGGAUCUCUGCCCUGUUUUAAAGACUAAGAAGGACUUGAACAUUUUUUAGGCAAAAGUAUGUCAACUUUCAGAACAAUUUUGCCCUUAAGUCUUCAUGUGUUUUAAGCAAAAAACAGUUGAAAAGAUAGGGAAUCAUAUAAUAUGUCCUGAACACUUUAUAAGUGCUGUGGCAGUGAUGCUGCCCAAUGGAAUGGAAAGAACAAAAGUAAAGACAUUUUAAAGUGUUGUUUUAAACAUUAUAGACCUGGGCAUCCUUUAUUACUGUUGCUGUGUCUCACUGAACAGUUACAGUGUUGGGCGGACUUAGAAAUCCACUUGCAUAAGAAAGGGCAUGUCUCUCCAUCAUUAAAAUUCCCAUCCACUCUUCUCCUUUCUCCCACACUGCUGAUAUGGUAAAAACAAGCAAGGGUUAUAUCUUACAAAAGUGUCUUUCCUUAAAAGGGAUCUUUUUCUUUUAUAAGCCAAGCAAAGCAGACAUUUUUCUGAGUGCUGGGGGUAGCAGUAGGGACUUAAGCUUAACAUAUAUGAUAAAUAUAGAAGUACAGAAAGUAUUUGGCAUGUGGUUACAACUUAGGCUAAAUAAAUUCCAGUGGUUACUCAAACUAAAAGGUUGGGGGUUUUUAAUGAUAGUAAACAAAACAGACUGUCAUUGAAUCUGACAGUGCCUUUGACUGGAGAAGGCCAUGCUGAGAGCGAAGGGGAAGUACAUAAAUAAAAUAAAGUCUCUGGGAAAUGUUGUAUUGUAAAAUGUAUUAUAAUUUUAGUUCCUUGGCUACAGCCAUCUCACUUGACCAGAUGAGUUUGCAGCACUGGCCAUAAGAUUUCCAAACAACUUUUUUCUCUUUUUUUUGGCGAGAAGAAAUGGCUUUCGAGGGCAGCAGGAUGCAGUGCUUUGUGCGACCAGCGAUGCCCUGAUUGUGACACUGCCCGGACACUUCCGUGGCACUGGCAGUGCAUCCUAAAGGACGCUCCCCUCUGACAUGCGGGGUUCGCCAGGCCUGUUACUUGGCACAGGAGAACCUUUUUUGUACGCGCAGGGAUUUUCGGUAUCACUGCUCGGGAGACAGCCAGGAAUCCAUCAGCCCAAGGCAGUUCUGGCCAGCAGCGGUGCCCGGGCCGGAGCGGCCGGCGCUGCCUGCGGUGGUCGCGGGGCUGGCAGGGCCGGUGCUCUCGGUCCGGGGUCGCCCCCUACGCUGCCGGGGGGUGGGCCCGGUACAACGAGGAAGUGUUUUAUUUCCUCGGAGCAGGUCCUCGAGGAGGUGUGCAGGAAACAGGGCGGCAGUCCUGGCGAGUACGGCCUGAAGUUUCAGAGGAGUGUUUUGGACCUGUCUUUGCAGUGGAGGUUUGCCAGGCUGCCCAACAAUGCCAAGCUGGAGAUGGUGCCGGUCAGUAACAGAGCAGAAGCUGGAGCCACGGUUCGGAUAGCAUUACAACUAGAUGAUGGCUCCCGUUUGCAAGACACUUUCCUCUGCCAACAGACUCUGUGGGAACUUCUCAAUCAUUUUGCAAAAAUCAGGGAGUUGAUGGAACAGCAUGGUGAAUUCUCUCCAGUCUGUAUUUACAUGCGAGAUGAGAUAUCAGGAAAAGAUGCCUUGGAGAAGACAACACUGAAGUCGCUUGGCCUGACUGGAGGCAGUGCCAUUGUCAGAGUUCUCAUGAAGAAAUGCAGUUCAUCUGGUCAGGAGGAAGAUGUGGGUGCCGUGGUGCCUUGUAAUGAGCCAGCAGUGAGGCCAUGCUCUAUGGAAGGAGCAGAGGAUGUGCUCCUACCUCAAGCAACCACAUUCCCUAAGGACUUGGACCACAGGGAUGUGGCCAUGUCUUUAAACAGCAUCACACACAAGCAAGACUCGACUAAAGAAACUCAUGCUAGCUUGGAGGAGCUGUGGCCUUCCUCAGAGCCCGAACAUACCCCAUUUGUUCCUUUUUUUGGAGAUGGAGAGCGUCUGGGGGACUCUUCUGUAGCUGCACCAUCUUUUGGGUUAGAUAUGCCAUCUUCAAAGAUGCCAACAACUUUUUCCAGCCCUGGAGGCCCUUCUAAGCCAAAGAAGUCUAAGAACAACCAAGAAUUUCAAAAGGAGCGAGAACAGCUUGUAGAACGAGAGCCCCUUGUGUGUCACCUAGACCUACUGGAACAACUUCCUGAUGGCCCAGAAGAGCUUCCUGAUGAAUUCUUUGAAGUCACAGUGGAUGAUGUACGGAAACGUUUGGCAGAGCUGCAGAGUGAGAGGAAACGCCUGGAAGAGGCUCCACUAAUGACAAAAUCUUUGAGGGAAUCUCAGCUGAAGGAGAAGUUGGAGCGUUACCCAAAGGUGGUGCUGAGAGUUCAUUUUCCAGACCGCCAUGUUCUACAGGGAUUCUUCCAUCCCAGUGAAACCGUUGGCAUUUUGAGAGACUUUGUAAGAAGCCACCUUGCCGAUGCAGAGUUGCCAUUUUACUUAUUUGUUGCACCUCCCAGAAUCAUCUUGAACGAUGAAAGCCUGACGCUGUUUGAGGCUAAACUCUUUCCAACUGCUGUAAUUCAUUUUGGAUCUGAGGAGUGCAGGGCUUGUUACCUGAAAUCGGACCUGCUGAGCUCUGCAGUUUCCCCUUCUGCAGCUGAUUUAUUAGUAGCCAGGUGUUUUUCCAGAUCAUUAAUUCCUUCUGCCUCAUCAUCUGUAGCAUCAGGAGCUCCAACCCUAUCUGAACCAGAAGCCCGAAGUGACAAAAAGACCAGUGGGUCUCCGGAAGCAGCCACCACACAGGGAGCUCCGCAGGGCUUGAGAAGGACCCCUGGGAAAGUCCCCAAAUGGCUGAAGCUGCCAGGUGGAAAGAGAUGAAGCAUCCUGGGCUGCUGGAUCAGUGAGCAAUCAGCUGGGCCCCUGUCUUGAUGAUCUUACUCAGAAUGCAUAAGAAAUUGUUGGUGGCUCUGGAGAGCUCAUCUGUAUGAACAUUAGUUAUAAAAAGAGAAUUGCUAUUUCAGAUGCCAGUUGCACCUGGUGGAGAAGUGGAAGGCUUAUAUAUGGUCUUUGUGACUACAGAAGCAAGGUUAGAAGUUAGAAGUUAAAUUUAAGGUUUCUUGCAUGCAAAUAAUAACAUAGAGAAAUAAGGGGGACAUAAUUUCUAUAUACUUUCUGUGAAGAACUUUGUUUCUGUCCAUAUUUUUAAAUUCAGUCUUCCCAAUUCUACCUUCAGAGAUCACUUGAGUCUAUCUGCCUGGAUUCUAGCAGCAAGAUACGAUCUAGUUCAGCUUUAACUAUUGUUAAGUGAUGCCUAAAACAAGACUUCUCUCUGCUUCUUGCUGGGUGGGGCUAGUGCUGCUGAUAAUUCUGGAUAUAGGUGCCUGGAAAGCAAAUGAAGAGGAAGCCCUUAGGUUACUUAAACCAGUUCAAUUAGCCUUUCCUGUGAACCUAUUGGGCUGCUGCACUUGUAUUGUGUUCAGUUGCCAGAAUCUUACUAACAAAGAACACAGGUAUCUGUUCAUGGAAUGCCUCUUGAGAUUAUUUCUGCCCUAAGCUCUAGUUCUAUUUUCACUUUGUAUAAUUAACACCAGUAAUUACAACAAGGAAAAAGCCAUCCAGUUAAAGGGUCUCUUCCCAUGCCAGUUGGUUGGUGGUUUGAGUGUUCCUGGAACAGGGUGGCCGUGCCCUGCACCACAGCUUGUACUGGGGGAAAGCCCCAGUCUGGGUUGUUGCCUUCUGCAGACAUCAUGUGGGGAUGAAUGUUGUUGGUUAGAAUUGCCAUUACACUGGAGAUGAACUCUGUAGUGCCACGGCAGCCAUGGUGCUGGAUUCUGUUUGGAGUUUUCUCCAUGGAUCAGUGACCUAUGCAGAGCUGGGGUUCCAUGGUAUGGUAAUACCAUGCUUCCUGUUUUCCUUGUUUCCUCCCUGCACUACAUGCACAUCUGCACAAUUUGUAUAUGUAAUAAAGCAGAGUGGCCGUGGGAGCCGUUUUAGUCGGUCCCUUUGAUAAUGUUUCUUGCCCCAGCACUUGGUCUCUGUCAGUUCACAGGAACCUGCUCCCUUUUCAAUGGGCCUGUCAUGCCUCAUUCCCUUCCUCCCAUGUUUUUCAACAAAGCAAAACGGAGCUUUGUACCAUCUGAAUGAACUUCAAAGUGGCUAGAAAGGGCACCCAGGGUUCCUGGCACUUGUCAUUGUCUCCCAGCCUGGCCAACAUUUCCCUUCAGGUCUAAUUAUUUCCAAAUGCUCCUAGAUGCUUUGAAGAAACUUGGAGGGAGAGGCAUGAAAGAAAGGUGGAAGAGGAAAAAGGAGACUCAAAGCAGAGGGAGCAAAAUGCUUUACCAAAAAAGUUGAUUCUUAUAUGACACCCAAACGUAAACAGGAAUGUGUGCGGCCACUGGCAGUGGGGAAUGUGAGAGCACUAUGUACGGCUGCUGCUCUAAAUCCUCCCUGUGGAAAGCAAGCCCGUCUGGCCCUUGACAGGCUAUAAAACGCAUACCACAGCAACGCAAAAAAACAUUAAAAUAAUGUUUAAACUUUA